GCACAUACAUUCAAAUUCUAAUUACCCGUUAUGUUAGUUUCGGUGGAAAAAAACAACAAAAUACAAGCAAUAACAAAUGUGUGCCUUUAAAUAAAUGUAUAUAAAAAAGGAAAUGCAUUUAUUUAGUUCUAAAUAUAUCAAGUGUUAUUGGUUUGUUUUUUUUUAUGAUAUGUAAAACAAAGCCAAAACAAAAAGUAAUUUUUAUGGGCCCCAAUCGUGUGGUGGUGUCGUUUUUUUUUUUUUUUAAAUACUUUAACCUUUAACAUCUCAAAAAGAUGCGAUGAAUAUUCAUGAUUGUUAGUUUCACAAUCAUAUACACAGCAUUAUUUUUCUUUUUUUAUUUGAUGUUUAAAAUACAUUAUAGCGCAUACUUUUUCCUCUUGGUAUACAUUUAGAUCUCUUGCUUCCAGUGACGUGAAAUUUAGUAGCUUUUGCUAACAUAAGAAGCUCAAAUAGUCCUUUUUUUUUUUUCGGAAAUUUUUGACUAGUUAGAAAAUCAUGCUCAAAUCUUCUAAUGCAACGCUCUUUUCUUGUCUAUAAAUUCAACAUGAUUAAAAAAAAACAAAAAAACAUAUCACGUGACUAGAGCUCUUUAUUCCUUAUAAUGUAUUUAUGAUGUAGGCCUACUUGUCGUUUUCCUAGUCACUACUGUAAUAUGUUCUAAGCCAUUGGAUUUUAGAUUUAGAUUCGCACAUCAAGUCAUUGUUAGGGUUGCUCCUUAAAAUGUGUAUUGGGGCCCGUAACAGUCAAAUUCUUGUUUUGUUGUUUUUUUUCCCAUGAUUUGUGGACAGGAUGUGAGAUCUUCAGAUCUUGCGAUCUAUAGGGCAGAUUAUUUCUUUGGCCAACAGUUAACAAGCAGGGUGUCAUGUGGUCAGCAGGUCAGCACAACGAACAACCACCUUGUACAAAGUAAAGGAAGUGUAACACAUUUUUUUUUAAAUAAAAGAGUGAAACAAAGAGAACGCCCUGGACAAUGUCUAUUUGUGUCGUCCUUUUCUCUGUCUCCAUCAGUCAUAUCACAGGUACUAAAGAUUGUGUGCCUGGAGAUCCAGACUUGAUACCAGAACUGUGUACCAACAGUAGUAUCUGCCAGACAGAGCCAUCACUGUGCUGUAACUAUUGCUUCCCACAAAACAGUACUACAAGCACAAGUGCCACAAAGCUAAUUUCACCAAUAGAGUGCGUACUGGGAGAAUCAGACUUCAACACAGACCUGUGCACUACUCCAAGUGUCUGCCAGACACAGCCACUGAUGUGCUGUAACUAUUGCUCGUACAAUUCCGGAACCAUUCUAUCAUUAUACGAUACUUGGAUAUAUUGUUGUUUUUACAUUACAUUGCAUAUUCAUUGUAUAUUCUUUAUGUCAAAUCAAAAGUCUUCUAGAUAGAAUGAGUAGCUCAUAGAUUUUAUUGUUUUUCAUAUUUUUGAUAAAUGUAGCAUUCAUGAGAAAAGUUAUUUCUUAAACGUAUGUCAUAUCAAUCUUUUCAAUAGACUGCAAUCAUAAUACACAUUAAUAUUAAUUAAAAUGCAGCAAGAACACUACACUAUAUGUUGUAGUUUUUCUUUUAGUGGCCCCCGAAUGGGAAAUAGACAAAAUUAGUUUUGUGUGGUCCGUCUGUCCGUCCCGUUUAGAUCUCGUAAACUAGAAAAGAUAGUGAAAAUCCGACAUCAUGAUGUUUUAGACAGUCCUUCUGUUUAAUAAAAUAGCCAGGCUUCUGACCUUUGACCUGAAGUUUUACCCUCUAGUCAAUUGAAUAAUUUUACUUUGUUACUCGAGUAUACUGAAUAAUUUUACUUUGUUACUCGAGUCUACUAAAUAAUUUUACUUUGUUACUCGAGUCAACUUAAUGAUUUUACUUUGUUACUUGAGUCUACUGAAUGAUUUUACUUUGUUACUCGAGUCUACUGAAUGUUAUGAACAGUGAUGACCACUAAAAUCAAAGUGUGUUGCAUCUUACGGAUUACAUUUACAUUAAUUUGCUCUUCCGCAUUUCUUUUAUAACUAGCACAAGGAACUUUUAGUAAAACUAUAUGAGAAAUAGCAGUACCCACCGGCUACGCCCGUUUAUUUGUUGCCAGGGUUUUUGUUAUUUAUUAUGGCCGGAUAGUUUGGACUUAGACAUUGCAAACACUUUACAUUUAAUUUUUCUAGAUCUAGAUUACUACUGGCUACGCCAUUUGAUUUCUUACAAGACUAUAUAAUGUUUUUUUUUAUUUUGUUUUUACCGUAUCAUCUGUUCCAUAUUUUUAUACACUUCUAAACUGCUUUGGUGCCCCAAAGGUAAAAAAAAAAUCCCAACAACUACGGAUUAGAGGGUGACUGUCUGAAUUUAUGUUAUGUAUAUGUUAUGCUAUUAAGUAUAUAAGAGUAGUGUCCCUUGUUGACUGUUGUUACCUUGAAUGGCGUACGUUAAUAAAUAGCUGAAUUGUCAGUUAGAACCUAGCUUGAGAGUUAUGUCAAUAUCGUUUAAAGAUAUGGUGAAUAAAAAGAACUGUAUUUUGAUGAUUUCCUUGCAUGGUUUUUAGCCCGUGAAUUCUAGUAUCUGUUACGUUGAAUUGAGACGAUCCAACAUCUCGUUCUGCUGUUCUCUCUCUCUCUCUCUCUCUCCUACAAUUUCUGUUCUCUAUCAUCCACGCUCUCCUAGAACGCUUUGAGAAUCGAAAUGCUGCCCUACCUAGAUUCUUGACUUGAAUUGGAACUGUCCGCUCUAUAAUGCCUCCCCUAUUACACAAAUAUACUUAAGGCUGGUGAAUUAUAAACUAGUAAGCAUUGCCAUUGCCUAGCUUAUCAGUAAGAGAAUAAAGAUAAAAUGUAGACAUCUGCUGUCUUGCAGGUAUGCCUAAACAUUGGACAGGAUUUGGAAGUCUCACUGAGGCAGGUUAAAGGCAAAAACAAAAUACGAAACUAAAUACAAUAUACCAGAUCUGGAUACAUCUAAAACUAGAAUCUACAAAUGUUUAUUUUUAUUGUAAAGCAUUUGUGAAGGUUAUAGAUCUAUCUACUUUUAGUUCGAAUCUAGCUAGAAGUAUUGACACGCUGUAUCGAUUUACUUAUACAUUUACUUGUAGAAAUCUAGAUCUAAAUGUGUAUCGAGAUAUUAGAAUGAAGAGAACUUCUUGAGCAUGUCUAAUUUUGUUCUAAUUUUCUCUGUCUUCAUUAGUGGUAUCACAUGUAUUGAAGUUAUGUUCCAAUAUGAGGCGAGUGAGGACACUGGUGAUCAAAUGCCUGACCAGUUCAAUGUGACUUUUAGCACAGAAACGAAAUUUCUAACCAGAUUUAUUCUCAGGCGUUCGCAGAGUUUUGACCUUGACAUUCCUCUCUAUACUCUCGACAUCGACAGGGAAGGAUUUUUUCAAAAACAAAAAGUGAAACUCAGACCCAGAAAGGAUAUAGGCUACUACCAUGAUACUAACCACAAGGCCGUGUUUUGUAUUAAAAGGUCACCCGAGACAUUGUCCAACAAUAACUUUCAAUUUCACUUGAAAUCUCUAUUCCAAAUGGAUAACUCCGAAUACCUGUUUGACUCUGAUAACAAGACGCCUAAAAAGUCUUGGAGAAAUAUGUCCCUCGAAAUGUUUUCUAGUUCUAUAAGGACUGAAUCUACUUCACCACGCUCUAGGACAACAUUUGACCGACAUGUUUAUAAGUUAGAGUUGCUUAAAAGGACAACAUUUGAUCUGUUUGAUACACGAAUACCACCGCCAGAAGUAGAAAUGACUGUUCGAUGGAAUGUCAUCAAUCAGUCAACAUCAUGGUCAGACCCACCAAGCAGACGCCGCCGAAACGCAGUACGUGACUACUACGUAGAUGUAGUGGCGUUGAUUGACAGAUUACGUUUUGAAUGGUUUCUAGAACAAGCUAGAAAUGACUACAACACUGCGAGGCGGAAUAUUCGAGAGCACUAUGCUAUGGUGUUUAGCGGGAUUGACAUGCUUUAUAAAGGCAUCAACCAUCCAAACUACACGAUUCAUAUUCGUCUGUGUAAAAUAUUCGUCCUCGAGGCACCCACGGCUGCAAAUUUUAUUAGCAAGUACGCUUCAGAUGGUAAAUUGAACGCUAUCAAGGCUGUAGAAGCUCUCAAAAGUUUUUAUCAAGGUGCUGGCAGUCCAAUCAUCCGCAUUUACGAUCACGUGAUUUUGUUUACUGGCUAUGACCUCUUUAAAUACGAAAGUUCUGGUAAAAUUAAUUACGCAUACGUAGGUUACGCUUAUCGGGACACUAUGUGUCGAACAGAUGGAACUAGCUGUUCUGUAGUAGAAGACCGCAGAGGAUUUGCUAUGAUACUAAGUACACAUGAACUAGGGCAUAGCCUUUCAGCCAAACACGAUGGGGAUGGCAACUCCUGCUCUAAGUAUGACAGAUACAUUAUGAGUUCUGGUGAAUUCAGGAAGCAAACUCCGGAAACAAAAUAUAAUCCAUGGCAAUUCUCUUCCUGUAGUGUCAAUUACUUUACAACCUUUUUGACUAAGAUUGUUAGCAAAAGCCAAGGAUACAACUGUCUAGCUUACGCUACCGAAGCUUCAGAUGACAUUCCAGAUGUAUCUAAUAAACUAUUGGGUCAGCUCAUUAAACCUAAUCAACAGUGUCAACUAAAUUACGGAAAGGCUUCCUACUAUUGCAAGGGUGCAGAAAAUACUAGAAUUGAAGACAUAUGUCAUUCACUGUACUGUCGAGAUCCCUUGAAUUCUGGUGACUGUAAACUAAUGGAAGCAUAUAUCGGGACAUCCUGUGGCGAUGGAAAAAUCUGUAUGUAUGGAAAAUGUGUCAGCGACCCAUACGCUCCACAAGUUGAUGAGACUUGCUUAUUCGGAGACGUACAUGAAGAUCACUGCAAAUCAUUGAUCAGUACAUUUGUAGGCAACUGUUACCAUAGUAAACACUAUGACCUCUGCUGUGGCACCUGUAACAAUAUGUCUAGACCCAUUAGAGGUUGUGAAUACGGUGACAAAAAAGAAAAUUGUCAAGAAUAUCACUGUGUUAAAGAAAAAGAGACAUGCUGUGGCACUUGUAAUUACGGUACACCUUAUACCCCAAUCACCAGAAGAAACAUACCUAUGAGACCCACAUCUGCGAAACCACUUCUGAUUCGUAAUUGGCCAAAAGCGGCUAGAGAUUGUGAACCAGGAGCUUUAGACUUAAGACCAGACCUGUGUAAUAGCCUUAGUGUCUGCAAGGAUCAGUUUUAUCUAUGCUGUGAUUAUUGUUCGAAAUAUUUUACACUUCCAACUAAAACAACCACUGCACGUCGGGUUUGUGUCUAUAUGAUGUUUAACGCAAUACCAGAACUGUGUACUGACAUUAGUAUCUGCCAGACAAAGAACCGAGCAUUUUGCUGUAACUAUUGCUCAAAAGUGAUGAAUUACACAGCCACAACUACCACCACAACUACCACCAAGUUAGCUCCACCCAAAGAUUGUGCCCAAGGAGACUUAGACUUAUCACCAGCACUAUGUACUAACAUUAGUAUCUGCCAAACAGAUCGAUCACUGUGCUGUGACUAUUGCUCACGAAUGGAGAAUUAUACAGUCACAAUUACCACCGAAAUAACUUCACCCAAAGAUUGUGCCCCAGGAGACUUAGACUUAUUACCAGCACUGUGUACUAACAAUAGUAUCUGCCUGACAAACCGAUCACUGUGCUGUGACUAUUGCUCGCGAGUGGAGAAUUAUACAGUCACAUGGACCACCGAGAUCACUUCACCCAAAGAUUGUGCCCCAGGAGACUUAGACUUAUUACCAGCACUGUGUACUAACAAUAGUAUCUGCCUGACAAACCGAUCACUGUGCUGUGACUAUUGCUCGCGAGUGGAGAAUUAUACAGUCACAUGGACCACCGGGAUAACUUCACCCAAAGAAUGUGUACUGGGAGAGCCAGACUUAAAGCCAGAGUUGUGUACUAGCCCAAGUGUCUGCCAGACACAGCCACUGAUGUGCUGUAAUUACUGCACCUACAAUUCUGGAGCCAUUUUUCAUCUAUACGAUACUUGGAUUUAUCUUUGUUUUUACAUUCAAUGCAUUUUCUUUUUGUCAAAACAAAUGUCAGCUUAAUAGAUCUAGAAGUCCACUGAUGUCAAUGGUUCUUAUAUUUUGAAAACAAAAUUUUUCACAAUUUAUUGUUCAUACUUAUUUGUAUUUCUUUAUCUUUGCAAUACACUUUAAUAUUUAUCACAAACAGCAAUCUCUCAAUCUCUCAAUGUACAUUUGCUAUCUCCGAUCUUACAAAAGUACACCAUAUUACCUAUUCAUAUGUAUAAAGUGAAAGUGGUUUCAUUAGUGUGUGAUACUUAGGUCAAAUGUAUGAACGUUAACAUUUAAAAAAAAAAGUUUUUAUAUAUAUAAAUUUGUACCAAGUAUCUUUUAUUACAAAGACAAAGAGAAAUGUAACUUUACCUUAUAAAUGUGCAUUAUAUACUUAGCAAGCAUUUUUUUAAACUUUGUUUGUCCUGAGCUUUGAGUGAGUUAGUUAAAUUUCUCAAUUACGUUAUGCUGACCAGACAUAAAGAGAGAUGAACAACUCCCACCCAUUUUAUUUGCUUAGCUCAUCACAUUUUCAUAGAUGGACAGGUGAUCACAUUAAAUAAUGUCAACAUGUUGACACUGUCUAGAGGUCACAACUUGGCUUUCGAGGGAACUGAGUUUUGUUUUCUUAGAGAAACCUUUAAAUUAUUGGGCUGGACUUCAAGCCAAAACUCUACACAGGUAACUGGGAAAUGAGUAAGCUUACUUGGAGAUACAUUUCAAGUAGGGCGCUAGACAUGUCACAACUUAACACCGGUAUCUAACUUGCUUACUUGGAGAUACAUUUCAAGUAGGGCGCUAGACAUGUCACAAUUUAACACCGGUAUCUAACUUGCUUACUUGGAGGCAAGUCUUAAUAAAAAGGUUGGGCAAAAUAUUACAUUCUUAAUUAAACGAGUUAUGUUUCGCUGCCGCAACCGUGAGUAAUUAUUCAUAGCUAGUAAGUCAGUAACAUUUUUUUAUAUAGAUAAAAGUACUAAACUCAGAUUUGAGUAUAUCCUAUUAGCGUAAAAGAAACUGGUCCGUGUUAUAUUCAAAGGGAGAGAUAAACAUCUUUUAAUCAUUGUUUAGUUCAUGAAUCUGAAUUUUUUAACAAACAUUGACCAUUUCUGAACCAGAUUGGUUUAAAUAUCUUACAUUGAUGAAUUUUAUUUCCUAAUAUAUUAUUUCCAAUAGUGGCGUUGAUAAAAUUACUAUAUUGUUAUUACUUUGGACGUGUCAAGUAAUUCCUUGUAAAAACUGUUAUUACUUUCGAUAUGUAUCUAGCGACCAUCAGAUGCAACACCUAGAUGCCAGUACCAGAAGCGCUUUGUGGUCUAAAAAACACAAUCCUAAUGACCAGUUGAUGGUCUGAAAUGCAUAAACUCAUAUAUCUACUUACUACACAACCCAGCUUGUUUUGUUUUUUAUCUUCAAAAGUGUUACAUUAGUAUAGUAUACGUUAAAACAUUAAUAUAUUGACAAACUAAUUACAGAGAUUAACUCACAAUUUGUACAAAACUUGCAUUUAAAAAUUACUAGCAGUACACAUCCGUUACGCCUCUUGAUUUACAUAUGCUUCAUUCAUAGAUACGCGCAUUGAUACCAAAUUAAAAUCUAAAUUAAAUCCUGAAUUGAAUACUAAUUCAAAUGUUGUUUUUUAUUUUUUUUUUAAAGAUCUUUGAUACAAACUUGGAUUAUUUGUAACUUCAAUAAAAUAACUUUUUUUUUUAUAAAAGGAUUUUAAAAAAUCACAACCUCAUUAUACAUCUUACGACAACCUAAGUCAGACUUAAUAGAAACCAGAUGUAGAUUUAACUAUAACUGUAUUAAUAAGUUGUAAAAAAAUUUACAAUUAAAAAUUACUAGCAGUACACACCCGUUUAAGCCCGUUGAUUUACUUUGUUUAUUAUGGCCCGAAUAACCCCCUUUUUCUCUCUUUUAUUUAAAAAAAGGUGCUACAUUUCAAAUAAAAACUAAACAAUAAAAUU